AGCCGUGAUUCGUGCUUGGGGUCAGCUGUAUUUCCUUUUAAAAUCAUAGACCUUAACUAGUAUAAGGUCUAUGUCACGGUUCUAUGUUUAAAAUAUAAUAAAUGAUAUUAUGAUAAUAUGGUGAUAAAAAAUAAAAACACCGCUAACAGUUAAUGAUAAAAGAGAUGAACAAAUUUCAAAUAUUUCUUUGCUUAGUAGUUAGUACUUUAUUUAGUUAUAGUCUAAUUAUAAAUUAUCAGUAAUAAUAAACUUACUUAUAGAAAUAACGAUUAUAGUAAAGUUACUGACUACUGUAUGAGAUUAAAAAUAUAAUGCUGAUUCUGUAGCUAUUAUUUUGGUUCACUGUUCAAACCAAUUUGUCAACAUUGACAACUUAGUUCUUAUUCCAUAUCUGUUGUUUUGGUUGACUCUGUUUUCUAAUUUUGAUCAUUUGAAUAAAGAUAUUGCUUUUAUAUCUGAUAGAAAUAUGUCAGUGAAAAUAAUUGAUGGCAGUGUUUUAGAAGGUGUAAGUGGGUGGCCAAAUUCUACGAUUGUCUGUAGCAUUUUCAUGUCUUUUGGAGCAACCUAUACUAAUUAAUAAAAUAAGAGCGGGUCGAUCUAAUCCUGGUUUGAAACCUCAACAUUUAGCUGGAAUCCAAUUAAUUAAACAAAUGUGCUAUGCAACUACAAAUGGAGAUCGGCAGAAUUCUUGUGAAUUAACAUUUCAACCAAAAUCUCUAAAAAUGGGAAAUUUCAAUUUAAAUGUCAAUUCUCAAACUGCUGCGAGUAUUCCCUUGAUGAUACAGUCAGCUUUACCUGUAGCAAUAUUUAGUAAUCAUAACUCCAGUAUAACUAUGAAAGGAGGAACUGAUGUUAAUUUUUCUCCUUCAAUGGAUUAUGUUAAAAAUGUUUUAUUUCCUAUUUACAAGCUUUUUGGUGUUCAUUGUGAUGCACUUAUAACUAAACGAGGUUUUUAUCCUAAGGGUCGCGGAGAAGUGGUAUUGACAGUAAAUCCUGUUGCUGAAUAUUUAAAGCCUGUUGAAAUCAUUCAUUUUGGAGAUCACCCAACUAUUAAAGGAUUUGUAUUUAUGUCUGGACCAAAACAUCAAAAUAAUAAAAAUAACCAAAUAGUUCAAGAUAUAGCAACAGCUGUCAAAAAUAAAUUAAACCUUUCCGGUUAUCAUAAAAUUACAAUUGAAACCGAGGUUGGAGAUUCAGAUGGUUCUGGUGGAAGUGUAGUGUUGGUUGCCAAUACUGGAACCGGCUUGAUUGGUUCAUCUGCUCUGUAUGAUAUGAGAAAAUCAACUGUAAACAGUAUCACUGAUGAAGCCUGUGACAAACUUUUAUUAGAUUUGGAAGUCAAGUCAUGUGUUGACCCUAAUGCAAUGGAUAAUCUCAUUAUUUUCAUGGCACUCGCAAAUGGAAAAUCAAAAGUGAAAUGCCGAGAAAUCACCUUGCACACUAAAACUGCAAUUUAUAUUGCUGAGCAAUUUACCGAUGCUAAAUUUAGUAUCAAACAAUUGAACGAUGGUUUAAAUGAAGUCACCUGUGAAGGCAUUGGAUUGAAAACUUUCUAAUUCUUAAUUUCAUAAUUUUCAUUAAUUUAAAAUCUAAAAAAUUGUCUAUAAUCUUUUUCUAAUUAAAUACCUACUAAAUACAAAUACAUAAUAUUUAAAGCCAUUAAUUUUAUUUAUUCAUACAC